UUGAAUGACCGCUAGAUCAUAAACAAUCAUCCCAUUGAUUAUUCUAAUCGAUUUCCUGGGAAUAAAUCUCAUGAUCCUGGAAGUUUCGUUAGAGUGGAAGUGAAUAGAGCAUGUGUGACUGAAUCGAGGGUUAUUACUGACGAUUGCCAAUUGAAAUGGGUAAAUUAGUCAAGAUGACGUUGAGUUCCUGUCGGGGGAAUGGAUACCUGAUAAUUGGAGUGUGUUUAGGACUCAGCCUGAGUCUUUUUAUGUCUCCAGUGGAGAUAACCGAGGGAAUCGACGCAAAUCCAUCCACAGAUGAGGCCUGGUUCCCUGUGCCCUCCCAAGACCCCAUCGACGAGUACGUUCCAAAGAUAAACCUCGCUCAAAAACCAAAAAUCCCUCAGAAAGUCCCCAAAUCCCUGAUUCGUCCGCGCUACUACUCCACCGAGCUUGGCAUUCGAGAAAAGCUCUUCAUCGCAGUAUCCACCUCCCGCGAGCACCUCCACACCCGGGGCGUCGCCCUCAACAAAACCCUCGCCCACCUGGUUGACAAAAUUCGGUACUUCAUAACCAUCCCCGAGGGAACAAAGCCCAACGUCAGCCUUCCUGGGAUUGUCGGCUUCACCGACACCCGAGACAUCCUCAAGCCCUUCCACAUAAUCAAGUACAUCACUGAUAACUACCUCGAGGAGUAUGACUUCUACUUCAUCGUCAAUGACUCCAGCUAUAUCAACGGGAGAUCCUUGAACCAUCUCCUGGACAAAAUUUCCGUCUCCAGGGACGUCUACCUGGGGCGUCCUCUGGAGAACGACCCCAGCUACUGCUCCCUCGACUCCGGAAUUAUUCUCUCCAACUCAAUAAUCCAAAAAAUGAAAAACAACCUCGAUUGGUGUGUCAAGAACACCUUCUCCAGCAUGGACGACAUCAACUUCGGAAGGUGUGUCGAACAUUCCACGAAGCUAAAAUGUUUGGAUGUAUCAGAAGACACUCAAUUCGUCUCGUAUGACUUUGGAAAAAUUGCAGACGAAAAGCUGGAGAAUUUUGACGGAAAAAAAAUCCUUUUCGGGGGUGACCUCGAGAGGUUGAAGAACUCCGUGACUAUUUCUUCAAUUUUCGAUCAUUCGAUGGUUUAUAAACUUCACAUACAAUCGGCGAUCGAUAGAAUCAGAGAGAUCGAAAUGGUAAUCCAGGAUAUCGAGGGAGAUUAUGAGGGAAUUGUAGAUCUUUCUAAGAAUUUUUCGGAGAGGGCCUGGCCAAUAGGUACCCCUGGGGCCUCACGACCCACCGGAAGGUUCGACCUUACGCGAUGGAACUAUUUCAACGAGUCUCACGUAUUCAUGGAGACCGAUCACGAGAACUCGAGGCCCUUGAUCGGGAGUUCCAAAAGGGAGAUCGAGGAGGUGUUGGAUCUUCUGGGAGAGAGAAUUCGGAAGGGCGAGGAGGGCUUGAGGGUGCAGAGGGUGGUGAAUGGCUGGAGGAGGUUUGAUGCGGCACGAGGUGUCGACUUCAUCCUCGAUGUUGAUGUUGUCGAUGCCAAGGGAGGGAUCACCACGAAGAGAUUCGAGGUGACGAAACCUCUCGGGAAGGCGGAGAUUCUCUCAGUGCCUUACGUCACGGAGAACUCGAGGGUGAAUCUGGUGGUGAUCGUGGAGACCCAGGGGAUCCAUGAGGCGGGGGCUUUUAUAGAAGACUAUGUCAAGAUAUGUAUGGAGAAGAGGGACAAGACGAGCCUCAUGCUGGUACUGCUGUACGAUCCGGAGAGCCCGUCCAAGGGGAGCGAGGAUGUCUUCGCUGGAGUGAAGACAAUGGCUGUAGGUGCCACCGACAGAUUCAAGAAAGAUGGGUUGAAGAUCAGUUGGCUGUCGGUGAGGAUGGGGGUGAGGACUGAGGAGGUUAGAGGCGAUCCCAUCGUCGGGGUUGGGAUAUUGGAUUUGGUCAGCAGAAAGUUCAGCCCGGAGAGCCUUGUCAUGGUGAUGGAGAUGGGAGCGGGGCUGAAGCCGGAGUUCUUGAACAGGGUACGAAUGAACACGAUUAUGCAGUCCCAGAUAUUCAGUCCCAUCCCCUUCACUGAGUACCACCCCGACAUCGCCUACCCCGACAACGCCCAGCGUCCCCCGGAGGUAGACAUCAACCGUAAUUAUGGCAGCUACGACCUCCACAAUUUCGAGACAAUUUCUUUCUACAUAAAGGACUACCUGACUGUCCGGAAGAGCUCGGAGAAAGACAUUCCCAUGGUCCGCAACGACAAGGACAUAAUCUCCAUCCUCAAACUAUCCAAGAGCAAUAUCAUCGAUUCUCUUUUUGAAUUAUUCGUGGUCUACAGUGAUCUGCACCCUCUCAGGGCUGUUGAACCAGCGCUGAAGGUCAGGUACAGCGAGAUUGACUGCAGGGGUGCCAGAGUGGCGAGUGAAUCUUCCAAGAUCAGCUGUGAAACUAGGAAAUACUCAAUGCUGGCCCAGCGAGGGCAAUUGGCGAAGCUGAUCCUCGAUUAUCAGAAUAGGAGUUGAAAAUAAUUUUUUCUGCACUGUAAGAAUAUUGGAGAAACUAAUGGAUGUGCAGACAAAUAAACAAAUACAUUAUUUAUGACAAAAA